CCACUCGCCAUCUGGUUUGUUAUUUCUCCUGUUCCCCAGACCAAGCUAUGAUGACGGGGAAGGUUCCCUCAUUCUCCCCCGGCUCCACAGUGAGCUCCGCUCUGCCCGGCUACGUCGCUCUCUGCCUCACUCUACAGGUUCACAGGCUGGCGUCAGCACAGUUCACAGUGACUGGACCUGACCAUCUAAUCAUUACCUCGCUAGGUGGGGAGGCUGUCCUGCCCUGCCACCUCUCCCCUAGGAUGAGCGCUGAGAACAUGGAGGUGAGGUGGUUCCGAUCCUGGUUCUCUCCAGUUGUGCACCUGUACCGCGAUGGGCAGGAUCAGUAUGGUGAGCAGAUGCUGGAAUAUCGAGGAAGAACUGAGCUCUUGAAAGACAACAUCACCAAUGGGAGCGUUUUUCUGAGAAUACGUGAUAUCCGACCCUCAGACGAUGGGCAGUACAAGUGUUUUUUUCAGUCCAGUGUCUUUUAUGAAGCAGCUUUAUUGGAACUACAGGUGGCAGGUUUGGGCUCUGAUCCUGUCAUCUCUGUGGAGGGACAUCAGGAUGGAGGUAUCCAGGUGGUGUGUCAAUCAUCCAGAUGGUACCCAGCGCCCGAGGCUCAGUGGAGAGAUCACCGGGGGCAGCUCUUACCAUCAGCCUCUGAAAAAAUAUCCCUAGAGGCUGAUGGCCUGUUUCAAACAGAGAUUGUUAUUGUUAUAACAGAAGAGUCCAACCAGAAAGUUUCCUGCUGUGUCAGGAACCCACGACUCAACCAGGAGAGAGAGUCAACAAUUUAUGUAGCAGAGCUGUUUUUCCCAAGGGUCCAUCCCUCGAAAGUGGCUCUCUGGGUGAUCCUGGCUGUUCUCAUGGUCCUGGCCAUUCUCAUGGUCCUAGGUGGUUACUGCGUCUGGAGGCGACACAGAGCAACAGGACCCAGCACAAGAUCUGAGCUUCCAGAACUCAACACCCUGCAAAUUACAUCGUGCAGAAUGCUGGAGUCCCCAGUGACCUGAUCUUAACUGGCAAUC